AUGGGCAGGUGUGAGAGCGAACGUUUGCGUUCCUGCUGCGGUAAAGUCUUGCACCACAUUCGCAAAGAACUGCUUCUCGUCCUCAUUAUUUUGGGAGUGCUCGUCGGCUUCAUUAUCGGUUUAUCGGUAAACAAGAGUGUGAACGAUAUCAAAGACCCAGAAAAGAAAGCUACUACUAUCAUGUUGAUUGGUUUUCCGGGUGAGCUCUUCAUGAACAUGCUGAAGUUGCUAAUACUGCCGCUGAUUGUUGCAAGUUUGAUCACCGCCUUGGCCACGCUGGACUCCAAAGCCACGGGAAGAAUUGGUCGUCGAACUGUACUUUACUACAUGGGAACUAUGCUGAUCGCUGUGCUUCUUGGGAUCGUCUUGGUCCUUUCUAUACGGCCGGGAGAACGCAGCAAACCUGAAGGAACCGACGAAGAGCUCUCGAGACCUUAUCGUGGUCUCGAUUCGCUUCUCGAUCUUUUGAGGUGAGCUUUGAUUAUGGAUUGAUAUUUGUCAUAUUAAUGACAAUUGUCAAGUCUGUUGGAAAUGGCGACAGUGCAAAAUUAAUCUGUUAUUCCUUGUUAUUCCAUGCAUACUAUGUGUCACGGUCAACUUUUCGCUAGCGAAACUUGGCCGCAGGAGCAAUAUUUUUAAGUAAAUAAGAGCAGAAAUGCAAAUUAUUCCUUUCGCUUGGUUAUACUAGAAAGGUCUGAAGCACUUUUGUUUCCAUUUUAAAACUAUUUUCGCUCAGUUCCGUCGAUAAUCGAUUCCGUUGAUGAUUUCCGUGACAGUGCAUUAAGAUUCCAUGAAAGGGUAGAUCACUAACACAACCUUUUGGCUUGAAAAACAAUAUCCACCACUUUGAAGGGAUACAAAAUGCAAAUAUAUUUGUCUUAGUUGACAGCCAUAAAUUCAGUUGACUACAAUAACAUGACAUCAAUGUUACAUCUGUUUCAAGAAUAUUCCACUUCAGAUGGACGUCAUAACGUGAGGUCUUUUCAAGUCAAGUCAAGUAAAAUUUUUUUUAACUCACAUGAAUAUUUACAGAGAUGACAAUGUUUGUACAGUUGGGUCCACACAUUAAUGCAAACAUGAAACAUAAAACAUUAAAAAAAUAUAUACAUAUAUUAUUCUACGACGCAUUGUAAUUGUAAUAUAAAAUGAUAAGCCUUUUAAGCAACCUUUAGUAUGACGGCUAAUGAAAAUGAAUGUACGUUUCAUCUUUCGGUCAACGACCCCUGAGAAAAUUUAAUGAAUAAGCUUAUCUGUCUACAGUUUUUUAUUAUUCUAAUUUUACAACACCGGGGGUUCUGCUGGCAGGGACUGUGAUGGAGUUCAAUAAUUUCAAUUCAUGUUUGCGUACAAUGAUUGUUAGUGCCUGACUGACCAUGCAUGUAAAUUAUCACCAAAUCACUUUUCCCAUAUCAGUAAUGAGGGCGGCGUCAGAAAAGGGGCUUGAUUUCGCCGGGCACGAGUUUUUUCUCUUGUAUAUUUCCGUCUUUUUUGUCAUUUUUCCGUCUUUUUUUUCUGUCACGCCCGUCAUCUACUGUUACUAAGGGUGUCAAGUUUAUCUUAAGAUUCCCGAUCGGUUGCGUUUUGAAUAGCAAACGGCCUACACUUUUACACUGUCUGGGCAAAUAACUCACAAUUUAUCGAUGUGAUCUCAGGAAGGAAAUUUGUGUCUUUAAGAAAGUUUUUUUCUUUCGAUACCAAGGGGAUAUAUAUUAGCAAAUUUACCCAAACCCAGAGAGAGCUAUUUUAUUCGGCCAAACAUUGAAAGAUGAUAAUUGACAAUGACCUUAAGAAUAUUCGGUCUCAUAAAGCCACUGGGCUAGAUAGCUUCACUGUUCGCAUACUUUCGUAUUUUGAAAGGAAGAAAUCAGGGAGCAGAGAGGGAAGAUCACGGCGUUGUCUGGGAUGUGUCGAUUCCACCAAGUGUACUUUUAACGGCCGCACUAGCAUCCUCGCCUAAGGAAAACGAUUCUCUUCUUUGUGGAGGUCUCCUUGACAACAUUGAUUUCCCUGCGGAAAACCAUCGUAUUAUUAUUAAGGCUACCUUCAAAUCGAGAUCAGCCUUCACGCAAACGUCUCGGACAACAGACUUCCGUAAGAUAGGCUAUCGAUAAUAAACUUUAAUGAAACUAAAGUAUCUUAAAACUUGGACUAGGAGCCUUUUGUCUCUUCAUUUUUUUUCUGAUUCCUUAUUAUUGCAUUACAGGAGCUGCUUUCCAGUGAACCUUGUGGAGGCAGCUUUCAUACAGGUUAGUGGUUUCUAAAUUAGUCCUCAACCGCUGGAACAUUCCGUAGAUUUGCUUAGGAAAGCUACCGAAAAUCAUUUUUUUGUUUUUAGUUUGAAUUCCGCAGUGUCUCCAAUUUAGAACGAGAUAGUCUUCGUUCUCGAGGUGGUGGAGGAAGAGGGAGAAACUUGAAGCCAAACAUGGAAGGGGGGAGGCUCAUAUUAGAGAGUGGGGCUUACCAGAGAGGGAGGCUGGUUAAAAUGUUUCUGGGUUUUUUUGUUCAAUUUUUAACAGAGUAGCUUUUACUCAUUUUAUUUCUUGUGUAACCCCUUCCUAUUGACUGUUAAAAGCUAUUCUAUACCUUCACUCAGGAAAUCCCUUUCCUUUCGUACAUCUUUGACCUGAAGUAAAGUAAAGUCUGUAAAGUCUAAUGAACAUGGCGAGUUCCACCCCCCAGGACUUGUGUGUUUGAAUUCGAUUUCUUUAUUUUUUUAAGCAAGUCUUUUCUUUUUUUCGUGGUUAAUCUUUAUUUUCAGAAACGUACCAAAUACAAGACUGUCGAUCCCGUUGUUAACGAAUACAACGAGACAAUUAGGAACGGGACUCACAAUUACACAGUUCUGAAGGAAGAGGAACUAGCUCCGGGAUCAUCGAUGGUUCCCGCGGGACUCGAAAUUGCUUCCCGAAAUAUGAACGUCCUUGGGUUGGUGGUAUUUUCUAUUGUGUUCGGUAUCGUGUUGGGGCGCGUUGGAGAGCGUGGAUUGCCCAUGAGAGCCUUCAUUGAGUCGCUGAACGAAAUCGUCAUGGAAAUGGUAUCAUUAGUCAUGUGGUAAGAUAUUCAUCGCAAUGACUAAAGUAAUGAGUCGCAAUUAAUGAAAAUAAAGAAGACUAUGCUAGGUUGUAGAUCACUAAGGGCCUGGGAAAGAGGAGAGGAAGGAUAUGCCAGCAAGAAUUGUCCAAAAGCCGGUAUCGGGAUUUUAGAUCUUCAAUAAUAUAAUUGUUUGCUGAUUAUCAAAAUGGCCGCUUCGCGUUUCGUCCAUCAUGUUACCAAGGAAGUGAUGAACACGGCAUGAGAGAAUUCAAAUUCCGAGGAGUACAAAAGAUGCUACUAAGUUUGGCCUGACACUUCUUAAAAUUAAGAUAAGAUGUUUCUUCUUCUGAUUGAAUUAAAUAAAUAAGCUUGUCAAAUUCUAAUGGAAAUUGGCUGGCCAAAAAAUUGUAUUUUUUAUUGCUGCACGAGAACUUGAAAAUCAUAAAGCAACAGCAGUAAACCAGAAGGAUGAUGAGCAUCAUCAGAAUUUCGCUGAGGAAAGUGAUAAGUGGUAUCCGUGGUGGUUGAAAAUUUUUGAUGGAUUUUGACCAAAACAAAAAAUCGAACACCACCCCUUUUAAGCUGUUUAAUUUCAACGCUAAUCGUCACCUUUUUUUCACCAGGCUCUCUCCGAUUGGAAUAUGUAGUUUGAUAGCUGCUAAGCUGGCCGGCAUGGAUGAUAUUGGGCAGGCAUUCAAAACGCUGGGGUAUCUUAUGGGUACCGCCAUCGCUGGUCUUCUCUGCCACGGCUUUAUAAUUUUGCCGCUGGUUUAUUUGAUCUUCACGCGGAAAAACCCGAUUAUUUACAUCAAAAAUAUGUCGGAUGCCAUAUUUACAGCGUACGGUACAGAUUCCAGGUUGGUGUCAUAAUAAUUUCUGUGUUUUUUGGAGGGCUCUUAACCCUUCGAACCAUGCAUGACGAACAUCUAAUUUCUUCUUACAAGAUCAUCCCUGAAUCAAACAUUUAGGUCAGGAGAAUAAAGCAGAUGAUCACAGACUGAAGAAGUGUUUGAUUUUCAAACAGAUUCUCCUUACACGCACCAUAGAAAAUGUAUAUAAAACGGUAUGGAGAAUAUGCAUAUUGAUGUCAGGGUGUUAAGGGGCAAGUUGUAAAUCCCUUGUGCAUCGGUCGAUUACAUAGGGUGCGUUUCCAUUCCAGCGACACCAAGAUUGUCAUACGUGUUUGUUGUAAGCGGCGUCUCAGAAAUCUUUUCAGCUGAUUGAAAUGAUUCCUUCUGUUACCACUUGCCCCAUGUAUUGCUGAGUCGGGUUCGAUGGGCAGGUCUACGGCUUCCGAAAGGCGGAACUUAGAGAAAUCUUGUUGGGGAGGUCGUCGGUAUCACUUUGAUUGGAAAGACCCUGGAAUCAGAGUUGCCGACGUUGGACUGUUGUCGUUAAGGGAGCACAGCCUGUCUUAAAUCUCGGUUUUAGGAAAAUAGGCAUGUUAACUACCCUCAUCCCCAGUAUUACUGAAGGUGAAUUGAAGCCAGUAUUCCAAACAAAAUUACAGAUUACUGUAUGUGUGCGAGAAGAGGCGUUUCCUAUUUCUUUUCUGAAAAACUUCCAAUUAUCACAUCUUUAAUUCAGCGCGGCCACUUUGCCAACCACCAUGAGAUGUGUGGAGCAGAACAAUCACGUAGACAAACGUAUCAGUCGCUUCGUUCUACCCUUGGGUGCCACCGUUAAUAUGGACGGAACCGCGUUGUACGAAGGCGUUUGUGCUCUCUGGAUCGCGCAGCUUCACGGAAUCAGCCUUGGGGCAGGACAGGUUAUUACUAUUAUGUAAGUACAUUGCCUCUCUGAGGCUAAAGAAACAUCUUCUCUCACCAAAAUGUGUAUUGGGUGCCUGUAAAAAAAUGCUCUACAUAAAAAACUUGAUUUAAGAAACUCUUGUGUAACCAAAGUGGACUCUGUUUCAGUCAAGAAUAGCAGGGUAAUUUAGUGAUAUUAAAUGAGUUGAUAAUGUAAAUUGGCCACCGUGAAGAGUUUCAAAGCUAACGUUUCGAACGUUGGCCCUUCGUCUGAGCGAUAGCCAUGAAACGCUGUGUCACGGUUGUGUCAUGAAAACCAUGUGAUCCCCCAAAAUCCUCCAAACUUCCCCAAUCCCGGCGGUAAAUACUAACUGGAUCCUAACUGCUGAUCAUCAGAACUGAUAAAGAAGUACUGCGGAUGGAAUAUUUAAAAUUCAAAAUCCAUUUGCAAAACAAUUUAAGGUGGAUUUCCAAAUGGUAGUCGUCUGCAAAGAACAGAUUAUGUCGUUAUUAAGUUGGUAAAUCAUCAUGCUGGUUCACGGCCAUAAAUUUGAAAGUGAAGAUUCCGUAUGUUAAAUGAUAGCUUAACUCCUCAAAAAUCAGAACUGACUACCUUAUUUCCCUCUUUGGUCGCGUAUCUGGCAAUUUUGUUCGCUCUUUGAAGUACUCGGCAGCUGAGCGGAACUAAAUAAAGGAGCUCUGCGUUCGUUUUCGCCGCUCCAGCGCCUUUACUUUAGUAGAGGGCCCGUAAAGCCGGCCAUGCCGCGCUGACGUUGGCUACUACCCUACAUCAAUCUUAAUUGUAUGCAUUCUAUAGCUAAUGAGUGUGUCAGUGGGAUCUGUUCUCCUUUGUUUCAUGCGGCAAGCCUCUUCCAGGCAUUUUAAAAAUUAUUUGAAAAAACGUCAUGGUACGAGUGGGAAAAAUGGAAGAAAAAAAGAGAAGAGCAUCUCUAUCUAGCCUCGUUUCGUUCAUCUUUUUCUCAUUUUUAAUGCAUUUGUUUCGCGUUUCGUCUCUGUUUGAUAAAUGAAUGCUUCGAAUAGGCAAAAGGGCGCUGAUAAGUUAUAUCUCUGUCAAUUUUUUUCCAUCAUUUAGAUUGACAUCUAUGGCUGCGGCGGUUGGUGCAGCAGCAAUUCCGUCUGCAGGCUUGGUUACCAUGCUGAUUGUGUUACAGUCUGCUAAUCUCCCCACCAGUGAUGUUGCUCUUCUUUGGGCAGUCGACUGGUUCAUGUAAGACCAGAGAUAUCAGCGUUUAUUAGAGUAUUUUAAACUAUGAGUUCCAUUUUACUCUACGCAUAAUUCUUGUUCGUCCUCAAUGUUUAAGGGGCUCCAUAAUUUCAACUUAUCCAGUAUAUAUUUAUAUGAAGGGUCUUGAAAGCGCUCCCGUUUUUUUUCUUCAUUCCUUCAUUCAUUUAUUUAUUCGAUACUUCAUCCAUCUAUUCAUUCUUUCAUACAUUCAGAAUUUCAUUUAUUCAUUCAUCCAAAUGGAGUUUCAUUUCUUGAUCUUCAUUGUUUGCUUUUCAAGGGAUCGCUUCCGUACUGUUGUAAAUGUCCUUGGGGAUGCAAUCGGCGCUGGUAUAGUUGGACACCUGUCACGUGAUGAAAUGAAGAACGCUGACCAAGCAGACAUAGAAGAAGGUGGACAGGGAGAUGAAAAGCAUGAGCUUCUUGUACCGUCUGAGGGACGCUAUGUUAAAAAAGACCCAGAUCAGAACUACUCCCCAAGAAUGACCAGCUUUAAGAGGUCCUCAGAGGAGUAGAUCAAGAGUAGUACGUCAAGUUAAGUAGGUCAACUCCAAAAUGGCUGCUGAUGUUUGAAAAGGCCAUUUUACGUUUCUGGAAAAGAAAGAUACAACACUUUAUUAUAACUAACUAUUAGCACUAGAGUUUGGCAAUGUCAUCUUUCUUGACAGACAGCCAGUUUAAACAGACUUUUCUUUCUAUUUUAUUACAAUUUCAAUGGUUAUCUUUAGAUAUUAGUAACAUUUCUUGUAUUUUAUUCAACGACGUUUCUUUAAUUCGGGUAAAACUGCCGAGGGUAGGACAAUUCCUGAGUAAUCAUUAAGAAAACUGAAACUAAUGUGUUUAAGUCAGAAAAGAAAUCAGUUAAGGGGUUGGCAACCUGUAGGCAGGGAGGUCUAAAGCUGUUAGAAAAAAGUACAACUUCGUAAGAGAUUAUAAUCUCUUGAAUUUAAUCAGUUGCUUUUAGGAUUACUACACGAGACACUUAUCUACAACAGUUUGUGAAGGACUCACGUGAAUAUUUUAUAUCUUACUGCUCUAGUGGGAAAAAGUUUGAUUAGUUAGAAGUGACACGGUGGAUACUUCGUCAGAAAAUUAUAUCUUCUAUAUGUGUGGAAAAAGAGCAAACGUAGAAAAAAGAAAAAGGAAAAACUUCUAAAUUGCUUGAGUAAGACUGUCAUCUUCAUUAUACGGUAUGUCGAUACAUGCAUGUAUAGAAAACGCUAGUUCAGACAUUUUUUGAGACGUAGACAUCAGCUGGAAGUUGAGACUGCUUUUCCCAGACGCCUAAUACAGAUCCUUCUAUCCGCACUGUUCAUUCCAAAAUGCUAGGAUGAAGCCUUUGCUCUGGGCCAUUUGAUAUGAAUGCACACUAGACCUGAUUGCAUCAUCCUUUUGGUCGCCGUCCGCGUCUCAAAAUUGCUGCUGCUGAAUUUCCAUAUGACAUAUAUUUUUUUAAACAUAGUUAAUAUCCGCAAGUCUAUUACAGUGUGAGAAUUUUUCCUUUAAUUCCUCAUAUCAUGACAAGAAGCUUCUGAACCUGAGUCAGCUAAGGAGAAAAAAAAGGGGGGGGGGGGUUCGACGCAGGUAUUGUCGUCGAAAGUUUCAUUUAGAGUCCGCUGACAUAAUUCAACGACCAUCGCUCACUCACCCCCACCCCGCAAGGAUCCUGAUAAAACAACUACAUAAGAUAGCUGCUAAUCAAGAAUAUGAGGAAUUUUGUAAUAUAGUCAAGUAUACGUUUGUAUUUGGUUUGUUAGAUCAAGAAAUCCUCUCUUGUUAAGGUACUAUGACCUUGGAAGGCAAGGCAUCUUUACUUUAUCAAUUUCAUUGUGUAAACCGUGAGAAAUGAUGAAUAUAUUUGCUAAGUUUUCACUAAAGUCGUUUUCAUUUUGUGUUGAUUCUUCCUUGAAAAUAUAGGUCUUUUUUUCAUGGUAAGGAAAAUAAAAUGUGACUAAAUUAAUGAUACUUCAUAUACACCUUUCUCAUAAUUAAUUUGCCAAAGUCUCCUUAUUAUAAUGAAGUAUUUUUUCCCAGUAAUGUGCUAAGGGAAGAGUGCAUCAAAAUUUGCAUUUUAAUUGGCUUCUAGUGAAAGAAAUCGAAUUUUUUUUUUCUCCAGUCAAAAUAAAAUGAAAUUUGAAAUUUAGCCUUUGGAGUUCAUCGUGCAUUGUAAACUGAACGUUUUUAAAGAAGAAACCUUUCCGCAACAGAUCAAUGUAUGUUGUUUAGGAAUUCAGAGGACUCAUUAGACACACUGCUUUCCCUAUAGAAAUACACAUACGUGUGAAUAUUUAACUACCCUUAUAGUGUGAAUUUUUAACUAAG